GUUCUUUUCAAAAUGUCCGAUCAAAACCUAACCCGAAGAAUAUUGUAACUGGCUUUAAAACAGAUUUCUUAUGAGCUUCCUCAUGUUCCCUAAGAAAGUUCUGUUUCAAUCUAAACCUUCUCCAAUGAGACACGUGCUCAAAGUUGACCAUGACCGAGUGAAAAAUUCAACGCUUGCCUGUCUCAUUUCUCGAUUUAACCGCCGAUCCCCCUUCAACCCCUCAGACUCCCUCUUACACUUCUGGUGUGCUAGGAUGAAGGCCAAUUUUGCGUUUUUCUCGUCAGCCUUCAACCUUUCGCGUCGCCUUUCCGCUCCCUUUCCCAAACAAGAUCAAUGACUUGGAUUGUGAUUGCUCUCAUUUAGUGGGCACCCUCUGGACAUCUUUUUUUGGUGCACCAUUCAAGGUUUUGGAUUAAAAAAUCUGCCUAAUAGUCCUUUUCAUCCUCCUCUCCCUCCUCUCGUUGCGGACAAACAAACGGAGAACCACAACAAUACGCCGUAAGAUGCUUGACUUGAACAAGACGAAGCAGAGGGCGCUUCCUCCGCUCAAUUAAAAAGGCCUAUUAGGCCUUAUUGCAUCUCUAACUUCCGAUAGUGUCGUUACAUUCGAAGCCAUCACAAGACUCUCUUACACCUCCUGCUUUUUCACAUUGUCUUCGAUUCGCGAAGAACUUGUCAUUUACCAAAAUGACCUCCAACGAAACCAGAUCCCCUCCAGUAGCUCCUGGAUCUUCAUCCAAUGUUCCAAAUAGCAUGAUUGGACCGGAUAAUCGGUGCUGUUUUUGCCUCACACUUCGAUCCGGAUCCAUUGUUGUGGCCGUCAUGAAUUUCAUUGUUAUGAUCAUUGGACAUCGUUGGUUUGCCACAAAUGCCGAUUUUCAAGGGUCGGCAUUCUCGAAUCUGAGUAUCAGUAUUUUCGCCGUUUUGGUUCUGCAAGUCAUCACGGAUGCGUUACUGAUCUAUGGAGCUGUGAAGAAGAACCCUUACCACACAGUGCCUUGGUUAUGUUCUAAUUCAGUUCUGAUGGGUGGAUUAAUGGUUCUUCUGAUCAUCUUCCUCUGCUUAGGAUACAUGAACUUAUCAAUGAAAUAUCAUGAAUACGUGACUACCCUGAUAUGUUUGGGCUUUUUGGCCGCGGGUCAUUUCUUCUCCUGCAUGGUCGUGUUUCAAUUCAGGAAGAAUCUCCUCGAAGAGAUCAGCAUGGGCAUCACCACCUUGGGCGUGAUCCAUCAAGGACCCACCGCCCCUGAGAUGGAUUAUUUUUCGGAUAUCCCACAACCCUACAUUCGUCCUCCUUCUCCACCACCCACUUAUGAAGAGGCCUCCAAAGGGACUCAGAAGUCCAAGGACACCUGCAAGAUCGACUUCGAUAGCGAGGCCCCACCCGAAUAUGGAAAGGCUUUGGCCAUGGAUCAUGAUAUCAAGAAUCCGAGCAAGAAGGAGGAGAGCCUCCGCUCUGAAGUGGCUACGGAAUCGAGUUCCUCGUCUUUACUUGUAGGAAAUUCUGCGAAGAACCAAACGGUGCCCAAUAAAGAUGAACAGUGUCAGAGCGAAGAUAACUCGUUUUAUAUCGAAGUGAAUGCCGACUCUCCUGGUGAGAGGACCAAUGCAUCGGAUUGCUAAUCAGAAUACAAGAAGGACAUUGUCGAGUUUUAUUUAUGUCAUGAUGUCAUUGCGUUUUGCGGGGGAAAGCAGUGAAUUCCUAUUCGGACCAAAGUUCAAAUACUCAAUCGUUACAUCUCAGCUGCUAGUUUUCCUCACUUAAGUGUACAGUUUCUAUAUUCGAUAUCCUUAUAGGUAUGAUAUGUAAUUUAUGUUUUAGUUUGGCUAUUCUCCCACAUUGAUAUUUGUAGGCCAUAUACUGACCUCCCAAAACCUGACACAGGGAAAAAGUAUUCGCAUCUACCGUCAUGACGUCACUUCACAAAAACAAUUAUCAACACUUACAUUGUAAAAUAUGAAACGAAUAAACUAUUACUCGAAAAAUG